UAAACGCCUUCGAAUCGGCACAGAAAUAGAGUUGCAGCCGGAGAGAUCGGAGCCUGUCGCGAAUGUUUUCGUGAAGGGGACACGGAGAAUACUACUACCCGCCACCCUUCAGCAAAACUGUUACCCGCGGCUCAUCACUACAGUACCAUUGAUGAGGAGCGAUAUACUCCGCCGAUUUCUUUCUGGUGACUGGAGUUUAUCCCAAAAUGGCCAGUCGCCACCUGGCUAAUCUAUCCCACGCGUGGGAGAAGUACAUGGAAUCCAGGACGCAUGGAGCCGACCCUAAGGUCACUCUGCAGCGUCUGGAGCACUUCCUGUCACUGUUCCACUGGGCGCGGCACAUCCAGGGACCCGACAGCAAGGAUGCGCUCAAGUUCUGGCACCUUCCUUUACCCUUCCUGACCUUGGCACCCGGGGGGGAGGACGGCGAGGUGCUGAUCGAUCCUCCAGGUCACGUCAGGUCACGGCCCGAGAGACUUUCACAGAACCGGCCGUCAGCCCUGAAGAGCUGUUCAGCCUCUAUCGGCUUCGCAGUGAAGUCAGCUGAGGUGGAAGCCGCCGAAAAGCCAGUCAUUGCCGCGGCGAGCGGGAACGCUGGGAGUCAGAGCGCUGAUCCCGGGAAGCCCGGCCGCGGGAGGGAAACGCAUCACCCCGCCGGCGUGAACGAGGGGGAACGGGAGAGGGGAGGGAAGUUCGGACAUUUGGUGCAGGGGAAGACAUUUAUUUCUGUGAGUGUGUUGUUGGCAUCUAUCUCCCAGGAGCUCACCUGCAGAGAGGAGCUGCUCACACUGCUCCUGUCACUCUUACCGCUGGUCUGGAGAAUACCUGUGCAGGAGGAGAGAGCGCCAGAUUUCGCGUUGCCUCCGAUCGCCGACGUCCUCUUCAUCCGCGAGGGCCGGGGGGCGGUUCCCCUGAGGCCGGGACAGGAGCGGAGGCGUGCGACGCCGCGCAGGACGCUGAGCUGGAAGGCGCGACGGCAGAGGCGGGCGGCCCAGCGCUACUCGGUGAGAGACGCGCGCCGGUCCCAGCUCUCCACCUCCGACUCGGACGGCCACUCCGACGACCAGUCCGGCGGGAAGCACCGCCGUUCCCACGGCAACGCCAACGCCCCGGCGAGCGUCCCACCAACCGCCGCCGCCGGCCGCCGCCGACGCCCCUGGAGGGGUCGGAGCCGCAGCCCCGCCCGCCGCGGCUCCUCGGCGUGCCCCAGGGGCCGGUCCUCGGCUCUCCUCUGUCCCGCGCGGAGGUCCCCCGCGGGGGAGCCCGCCGCGCUGUCGGCCGCGGCGCGCGCGGACAACUCGCCCUUCGACCUGUGCCGCGUGCUGCUGUCCCUGCUGGAGAAGGUGUGCAGGUUCGACACGGCGCUCAACCACAACCCGGCGCUCGCCGUCAGCGUGGUGCCCGUGCUCACCGAGAUGCUGACCGAGUUCGGCGACUGCUGCGGCCCCGGGGGCGGGGGCGGGGCCCGGGGCGGGGCCGGGGGCGGGGACCUGGCCCGCGGUUGGACGGGGGAGCCGGUCGCCCUGGUGCAGCGCAUGCUCCUGCGCUCUGUGCUGCACCUGAUGUCGCUGGGCGUGGCCCAGGCGAGGCCCUGCCCGCCCCGCUGCGGCAGAACCUGGCCGGCCCCUGCUGCGCGCCACGCUGAGAUCCCCCUCGCCCCGCGGCCCCAACCCGCCGCGCAGGAGGCGCGCCUCCUCCACCGCGCCCUGCUCCUGCCCGAGCUCCGAGGCGUGCUGCGGGUGCUGCUGGCGUGCCUCCAGGCGUCCGCCCCAAACCCCUUCUUCCUGGGCCAGGCGGUGGAGCUGGUGCAGGAGUUCAUCCGGCACCGGGGGCUGGAGCUCCUCGAGGCGGCCGUGCUGGCCCUGGAGGCGCCGGGGGGCGAGGCGGGGGCGCGGCGCGGGGCGGAGGGGGCCCCCGGCGCGGGGGCAGACGGCGAGCGCGCUCCCGGGCGCUGGUGGGCGGCGGUCGUGCGCAUCAUCAGCGCGGUGAAGAAGGCGACGGAGCAGCUGCACCAGACGGUCUGCGCCCGGCGCCGGCACCGGCGCUGCCAGUACUCCCACUUCCUGCACCACCACCGCGACCUCUCGGGCCUGCCCGUGUCCGCCUUCCGCCCCGGGGACGGCGGGGAGGAGGAGAGAGGAGGAGGAGGAGGAGAGGCUCCGUACCCGGAGCGCUGCUGCUGCCUGGCGGCCUGCGCCCACCGCUGCCUGCGUCUCCUCCGGCUCCUGGCCCCCGGGGGCCCCGCCUCGCUGGAGAUCCUGGCGGGGCCUGCAGGCCGUGGGGUCUGCUGCUGCAUGGACCCCCGCUCGGUGGUGGGGCCCCUCCUGGGGCCUGCGGCCCCCGGCCUGCGGCCGUACCAGUCCCACGUGCUGGCCGUGCUCCGGCUCCUCCUGGAGCAGCUGGGGGGCGGGCAGCUCUACCGCGCCCGGCAGGCCGCCUGCAACAUCUGCAGCGCCGACAGCCCCGGCCCCGCCCCCGGCCCCGCCCAGCGCGGCCCCGCCCAGGGCGUGCUGGCCAAUCGGGAGGCGGAGGACGCGCUGCGGAAGUGGGAGGCGCUGCGGGCGUACCAGGGCCUGGCGUUCGGCCGCGACGCCCACCUGGCCCUGCAGACCGCCGCGCACGUCUGCCAGCUCGCCCUGCGCGCCAACGCCGCCGUCCAGUGGCAGCUCUACGCCCACGUCUUCGGCCCCGCCCUGCAGGGGGGCGUCGACCUGGCCCACCCCGGCUCCGCCCCCUCCGUGCCGGGCCACGCCCACGCCCUGCCUGUGGAGGUGCUGCAGGUGUACCUGCAAACACUGCCUGCACUCCUCAGGUCCAGCCGGCUGAUCCGGGACCUGUUCCUCAGCUGUAACGGGCUGAACCAGGUGACGGAGCUCCUGUACCUGGACCAGGUGCGGUCGCCGGCGCUGAAGGUGUUCGAGACGCUCAUCCUCAGCCUGGGGGCGGAGCGUGCACCGGAGGGGGAGGAGCCGGAGGCGGAGCCGGAUUCGGGGUCCCGGGGGGCCGGCGGGGAGGGGCCCCAGAGCCUGAGCAAGUUCUACGAGGGCCUGAAGGACGCCCACCCCCGGCAGAGGGGCAAAUCCGGGGGGACGGGGCAGGACCUGGGCGGGGCGGGCGGGGCGCACCUGAACGCCAUCAACCUCUUCCUGUGCGUGGCCUUCCUCUGCGUCAGCCGCGAGGCCGACUCGGACCGCGACUCCGCCAACGACUCGGAGGACACGUCGGGCUACGACAGCACCGCCAGCGAGCCGCUGGGGGCCCGCUUGCCCCGCCUCCGCCCCGAGGCCGUGGCGCUGCCGCCCCGGGGGCAGAUGCGGCGGGCGGCCGACGUCUGGGGCGUCUGCCGGGGCAUCUACCUCUCCUGCCCCGUCUUCCGGCGGCAGCUCCACAGGCUGGGGGGCCUGGAGGUCUGCACCCGCCUCCUGGGCCUGGUCAUCCAGGAGCUGGCCUCCUCCCGGGGGAAGGAGGGGAAGAAGAAGAAGAAGACGGGGCGGGAGGAGGAGGAGAAGGGGAGGGACACGCACGACCCGCCCGCACCCGAUUCGGGGGAACCGGACCCCCCUGAGCCCCAGGGUAAAGAGCCGGAGGAGUGGGCCCUACAGACCAUCAGGCUGCUCGAGGCCCUGCUGUCGAUCUGCCUCCAUAGCUCUGCCUCCUCCCUGCAGAGCAUCGACCAUCAGCUCUCCUUCCAGCCCCAGUCAGUGGACGAGACCCUGGGGGAGGUGAGGGACCAGCUGUCCCGCUCGGGGGUCGUGACCUCUGACCUGGCGGUCCCCCUCUUCGACUCCCUUCUCCGCGUGGCUCUGGACGAAACCUGCACUGGGCCUGACGCCCUGGAGGACCGGACUGAGCGGCUCCACGCGGACGGCGGGGCGGGGCCUGCGCCCGAGAGCCUAUCACAGGAGGCGGACGAGCCGGAGGACCAGGUGGUCUGGCUCCCGGGGGAGGAGGGGUACGAGGCCGACAGCGAGAGCAACCUGGAGCGCUCCAGCGAGCGCCAGGAAGGUGCCGGAACGGAAGCGGGCGUGGCGGGGGAGCGACCGUCGCCGGCAGGCGGGGCGGAAGGUGCCGGAAGGCGGGAGCUGGCGUACCCGGAGAUCUGCACCAUGGAGCUGCAGCUGCUGGCCUGCGCCGGGGCCACGGAGCCCCGCGUGCUCGCUCACGUCUUCCAGAGCCUCCUGGAGACGGUGCGGGCCAACCCCCGCAACGCAGCGCUGCUCUACGCACAGGGUGCUGUGAAGACCAUUCUGGGGGGGUUUCAGUCCAUCCUCAGCCGGUCGGACCCCCCCUCUGAAGAGUGCAGGGCGGUGUUGGUGGAGCUGCUGGUCGCCAUGGUGAGCGUACGCAUCACGGCUGAGGAGCUGUCCCUGCUCGUCCGCCUCUUCCUGGAGAAGACUCCGCCCACGGAGAUCCUGCUUAACGGGCUGCUCCGUAUCGUAGAAGCCAACAUGGACAUGGAGCCUCUUCACUUCCUGUCCUUCCCACUCCCUGCCCCAGGGGGCGCCACCUCCUCCUUCUCCUGCUCCUCCUCGCUCUCCCCGGGCCCCAGGCCGGGCGGGGCGGGGGCCGGGGGCCCCAGGGGCGCGGGACAGUCCCGGAGAGCCGGGGGGAAGCCGUCCCCGGGCGGGAGAGGAGAGGGCGACGCAGGGGGAGGGGAGACGCCGCCACACCUGUUGAACUCGCCCUGGUUCGUGGCGCCCGUGCACCUGCCCCUGGUGGGGCAGAACUGCUGGCCCCACAUGGCGGACGGCUUCAGCACCUCGCUGUGGGUGAGGCCCCGCGGCGGGGCCCCGGACGAGGGGCCCCCGGAGAAGGAGGGGGGGAAGCCCCCAGCACAGGACGGUGGGGCUCCGGCUGGUUCGGGGGACCCCCUGGUGGAGGAGGGGUACCUGCACGUGCUCUCCAUGGGCUCCAAGGCCCUGAUGCUCCAGGUGUGGGCCGACCUCAACACUGGGGCCUUCACCUUCAGGAUCUGCAUCGACCCGAACGACGAGAUGCGGGCGGGGGUCCUGGCCCAGGCGGAGUCUCCGGAGGGCCUGCUGGAGGCGGGCCGCUGGCAACACCUCGCUCUGACCUAUUCCCAGCAUGCCGAGGGGAAGAAGCACGUGCAGGGCACGCUCACGCUGUGGGUCUGCGGAGUGAGGAGGUGCGAGGUCUCCCUGGACUACACCCUCCCCCGGAGGUCCAGCCUGUCUUCUGACAGCAACAAGACGCUGUGCAUGCUGGGACACCACGCCCGCACGCCGGAGGACCUGGCCAGGCUGGGGGGGCACUGGGACAUCGGCAGCCUGCUGCUCUUCAACGGCUCCAGGGUGGGGUCAGAGGAGGCCUUCUACCUGUACGCCAGUGGGCCUGACUUCACCUCCAUCAUGCCCUGCAAGUACGGCAAGCCGCAGGACAAGUUCUCCAAGUACGCCACGCGGGAGGCGCUGCAGUGUCCGCAGGUCCGGCAGCUCCUGAUGAAGAGCCGAGACGUGGACACCUCCCCUCUGAUCGAGACCCUGGCGGUGGUCUACGCCCCCAGCUGCCCGGGGCAGUACACCAUCUACGAGCCCAUCAUCCGGCUGAAGGGCCAGACCAAGAUGGUGGCCACGCAGCGGCCCUUCAGCUCCAGAGAGGUGCAGAGCCUGUGGCUGGAGCCCGCCGUCCUGAGGGCGCUGCGCCCCUCCCAGCCCCAGGGCCUCCAGAGCGUCCUGCACCAGAUCGGGGGCACCGGCACCUUCGUCUUCCUCUUCGCCCGGGUGGUGGAGUUGUGUGAGUGUGAGCAGACCCAGGCUCUGGCCCUGCAGGUGCUGCUCUCGCUGGUGAAGUUUAACCAGCACCGCGUGCACGAGAUGGAGAGCUGCCACGGAUACUCCAUGAUCCACCAGGUCCUCAUCAAGACCAAGUGCAUCGUGGGAUACCACAUGCUCAAGACCCUGCUGGACGGCUGCUGCAGUGGGCAGGUCCUGGCCCUGGGGGAGGACGGCGAGUUCCACCUGGACACGGACUCCACGGCCGUGGUGCAGGACCUGCGGCUGAUGUCCGAGAUCCUGCUGGACUGGAAGAUCUGGUCCAAAGCCCAGAGCGGUGUGUGGGAGACCCUCCUGGCGGCUCUGGAGGUCCUGAUUCGGGUCCACCACCCUCAGCAGAUGUACAACAUCCGCCAGCUCCUCAACGCAGAGGUGGUCCACCGCUUCCUGCUCACCUGCCAGGUGCUCCAGGAGCACCGGGACGAGCACCUGUUCUCCAUCCCGCAGGAAGUCUGCCUCUCCUUCAUCAAGAUCAUACAGGAAGUGCUGGGGUCGCCGCCCGACCUGGACCUCCUGAGGCUGGUCUACAAUUUCCUGUUGGCAGUCCACCCCCCGACCAACACCUACGUGUGCCACACCCCCAGCAACUUCUACUUCUCCCUGCACAUUGACGGGAAGCUGUACCAGGAGAAGGUGCAGUCGCUCAUGUUCCUGAGGAACUCCAGCAGCGGGGGGAGGUCGGCCGGGAGCUCAGUGCUCUCCCUCUCCCCCACGGGCUUCACCGAGCCCCACCCUGAAGAUUUGGCCCUGAACCAUACCCCGGAGCCGGAGGGAGGCGGGGGUCAGUCUCUGAGGCCCCCCAGUUUCACCCCCUCGCCCUGCUGCUCCCCCCCGGCGCCCCCCAACGCCGAGGGGGCGGAGCCCGGGCCGGCGUCGCCGCGGUUACGCCCCCAGCAGGGCAGCACGGAGACGCUGCGCGGGCGGAGCCACGAGGAGCCCCUCCUCCUCAGCAGCUGCGAGUCGGCGAAGACGCUGUGCGACGCGGCCCCGCCCCCGGCCCCGGCCACGCCCUCCAUCAGCGUGGAGGAGGAGCCCGACGAGGAGGGGGAGGAGCCGGAGCGCGAGGCGGGCGGCGCGGAGAGCCCGGGGGACGGCGGCGGCGGCGGCGAGGAGCGCUUGGACUCGGGCGGGGACGAGACGCUGCGCCGGCCCGACAGCCUGAAGGGCAUCCAGUCCUUCCAGAGGAGCCAGAGCAACCUGGCCAGCCUGGGGCUCGCCUUCCCCGCGCAGAACGGCAGCCUGGCCAUCGGCCGCUGGCCCAGCCUGGCCGACCGCGCCAGCGCCCUGCCCGAGGACUGGGAGAGCUACACCUUCUCGCCCGGCUACGAGAGGUCCCGCAGCAAGGCCGACUCCACCGACCGGUCGUGUGCGGAGGACUGCUUGGUGCUGGUGUGCUGUGGGCUGUAUGACCUCCUGCGGGGGGUGCUGCUGCUCCUCCCGGACGUCCUCCUGGAGGAGGUGAUGGACAAGCUGGUGCAGCCGGAGGCGCUGAUCGUGCUGGUCAACCACUCCGCCCCCCUCAUCCAGCAGGGCGUCAUGAAGCUCCUGGACGCGUACUUCACCCGCGCGGUGAAGGAGCAGAAGGAGCGCUUCCUGAAGAACCACGGCUUCUCCCUGCUGGCCAAUCAGCUGUACAUCCACCAGGGCAGCCAGGGCCUGCUGCAGAGCUUCCUGCACAUGCUGUUCGGCCGGCCAAUCGGCCUGGAGGAGGACCUGGAUAUGGAGGACAUGGACGGAAUCAGCCCGUUCCGUAAGCGCUGCAUCAUCCCGGUGCUGGGUCUGAUGGAGAACUCUCUGUACGAGAGCUCUCUGGUGCACAACACCCUGUGUGUGCUGCAGCAGCUGCUCAACGCCUGCCCCAAGCUGGGGGACAUCCUGCUGGACCACGGCCUGCUGUACGUGCUGCUCAACACGCUGGCCACGCUCAACGGCCUGGAGAACGGAAUCCCGCUGGACGACUACAAGCUCCUGGUGUGUGACAUCCAGCAGCUGCUGGUGGCCGUGACCAUCCACUCCUGCAGCUCCUCGGGGGCCCAGUACUUCCGCAUCAUCGAGGACCUCAUCACCCUGCUGGGGUACCUGCAGACCAGCAAAAUUCGCCGCACGCAAGAAAUGGCCGUGGCCCUGCAGUUUCGGGUCCUCCAAUCAGCCAUCGAGUUCAUCCGGAGCACGUCCAAUCAGGACUCUCAGAAGCUGGGCAGCUCGGUGCACCUGUCCACCCCCCCGCACCACGCCCUGCAUCAGAAGCGUAAGAGCAUCGCUGGUUCCGUUGCCGUGAGCGACACCGUAUUCCCGCUCGCUCUGCUUCACCAGCUCUGCCCGUACGACCUGAUCCCGCGUCCCUCUCCGUUCACCUUCCUGUCGCAGGACACGCCCCUCCCCUCCCCCGCGGGGUCUCCCUCCUAUACCCUCCCCUCCGACGCAGGCAGGCGCAGGUACUCUCUGGUGCAGGCGGACUCUCUCCUGGUGAGGAUGCGCUCGGUGGCCAGUGAUGAGCUCACACAGAUGAUGCAGCGGCGAAUGAGCCAGGAGAACCCCAUCCGCGCCAGCCAAUCAGAACUCAUCCAGCGCCUGCAGAGACUGGUGGUGCUGGCCGUCAACCGCCUCGUCUACCAAGACGUGAGCCAGGACCUGUUCGACCAGCUGAACAUUCCGGAAUCCCCCACGCACCGCUCGGCUCCCAGCAGCCCCCGGGAGGGAGGGGGCGGAGCCGAGGAGAACGGGGCUCCGCCCCCUCCCGCCAACAUCCGGGGCUUCCAGAAGGAGGUGCUGAAACUCAUGAUGGAGGGCAUCAAGAUCGGCCUGGUGAGUGUCUCCGGGCGCGGUGGGGCCCCUCGGCAGCCGUGGCGGAGGCUGCUGUGGUCCUGCAGGGACACGUUCCGGCUGCAGCUGGGCCGGCUCCUGCUGCACAGCCUGAGCCCCGCCCGGGCCCUGGAGGACCGCCGCCAGGCCCUGGAGUUCGUCCUGGAGCCCAGCCACCCCGAGAUCCUGCGGGAGAGUCUCAACUCCAACCCGGAGCAUGGGCCCAGGAUGGUGCUGUACCUGUACGCGCUCCUGCGGGACCACAGCGCCGGGCUCAGCGAGGAGGAGCAGGUGGCCGGCAGCGUGUUCAUGUCCUCGCUCAAGCUCUGUGGCCUCCGCAGCCCCGCGCUCAACACCCCGCCCAAACCCGACCCCGCCCUCAAAGAGGAGCAGCUCAGAUAUGAGGCGGAAGAGGUCGCCAACAAGGCAUCAUGGGAGAAAAAGAUGGCAAACACCCAAAAGAGUCUGCUGCAGAGGCUGGAGGGGAAGUGUAAGGACAUCUCUAAGAUGGCGGCGGACAUCACGCAGAACGUGUCCCUGCGGCAGGGCAUGGAGAGGAAGAAGGUGAUCCAGCACAUCCGCAGCCUGUACAAGGUGGAGCUGAGCGGCAGCCGGCACUGGCAGGAGCUGGAGCAGCAGCUCACGCACGACCGGGCGGUGUGGUACGACCCGGCCUCGUACCCCACGUCCUGGCAGCUGGACCCCACGGAGGGGCCCAACCGGGAGCGUAGGAGGCUGCAGAGGUGCUACCUCACCAUCCCCAACAAGUACCUGCUGAAGGACCGCCGCAAGCCUGAGGAACCCGUGAAGGCCCCCCUCUCCUUCCUGUUUGAGGACAAAACGCACUCCUCCUUCUCCUCCACUGUGAAAGACAAGGCCACCAGCGAACCAAUCAGGUUCACCAGGAGGUGCAUCAGCGUGGCCCCCUCCAGGGAGACCUCGGGAGAGCUCCUGCUGGGAAAGUCAGGGAUGUAUUUUGUUGAAGACAAUGCUGCUGACUCCCACGACAGUCAGAGUCCUCACGGGGAGACAGAGGCCGCCUCCUUCUCCUGGACGUAUGAGGAGGUGAAGGAGGUGCACAAGCGCUGGUGGCAGCUGAGGGACAACGCCGUGGAGAUCUUCCUCACCAACGGGAGGACCCUGCUCCUCGCCUUCCACACCAGCAAGUUCCGGGACGACGUCUACCAGAACAUCCUGACCUCUGACCUCCCGAACCUGCUGGAGUACGGCAACAUCACGGCGCUGACGCACCUGUGGGGCUCGGGCCAGAUCUCAAACUUCGAGUACCUGACGCACCUGAACAAGCACGCGGGGCGCUCCUUCAACGACCUGAUGCAGUACCCCGUCUUCCCCUUCAUCCUGAGCGACUACGCCAGCGAGACGCUCGACCUGCACGACACCGCCAUCUACAGGAGCCUGAGCAAACCCAUCGCCGUGCAGUCUAAGGAGAAGGAGGAUCGAUAUGUGGACAACUACAAGUACCUGGAGGAGGAGUUUCGGAAGGGCGUGCGGGAGGACGACCCCAUGCCCCCCGUGCAGCCCUACCACUACGGCUCCCACUACUCCAACAGCGGCACCGUCCUGCACUUCCUGGUCCGCAUGCCGCCCUUCACCAAGAUGUUCCUGGCCUAUCAGGAUCAGAGCUUCGACAUCCCGGACCGGACGUUCCACUCCAUGAACACCACCUGGCGUCUCUCCUCGUACGAGUCCAUGACGGACGUGAAGGAGCUGAUCCCGGAGUUCUUCUACCUGCCCGAGUUCCUGGUCAACAGGGAAGGGUUCGACUUCGGCGUGCGGCAGAACAGCGAGAGGGUGAACCACGUGAACCUGCCGCCCUGGGCCCGGAACGAUCCGCGGCUCUUCAUCCUCAUCCACCGCCAGGCGCUGGAGUCGGACCAGGUCUCGCAGAUGCUGUGCCAGUGGAUCGACCUGGUCUUCGGCCUCAAGCAGAAGGGCAAGGCGGCCGUGCAGGCCAUCAACGUCUUCCACCCGGCGACAUACUUCGGCGUGGACGUGUCGGCGGUGGAGGACCCGGUGCAGAGGCGGGCCCUGGAGACGAUGAUAAAGACGUACGGCCAGACGCCGCGGCAGCUCUUCAGCGCCUCCCACAUGAGCCGGGCCGGCCCGCGCCUCCUCAUGGAGGGGGAGCUCCCCGCCGCCAUGGGCCUCCUGGUGCAGCUGGCCUUCCGGGAGACCCGGGAGCACGCCAAGGAGGUGGUGUACCCGAGCCCCCUGCCCUGGAUAAAAGGUCUGAAGUGGGGGGAGUACGUGGGCUCCCCCAGCUCCCCGGACCCUGUGGUGUGCUUCAGCCAGCCCCACGGGGAGAGGUUCGGGUCCCUGCUGGCCCUGCCCACCCGCGCCGUCUGCGGCCUGUCCCGCAACUUCUGCCUCAUGAUGAUCUACAGCAAGGAGCAAGGCGUACGGAGCAUGCACAGCACGGACAUCCAGUGGUCGGCCAUCCUGAGCUGGGGCUACGCCGACAACAUGCUCCGGCUGAAGAGCAAGCAGAGUGAGCCGCCAAUCAGCUUCAUCCAGAGCUCCCAGCUGCACCAGGUGAGCAGUUGUGCCUGGGUGCCGGACAGCUGCCAGCUGUUCACGGGCAGCAGGUGCGGCGUCAUCACAGCCUACAGCUGCCGCUUCACCGACACCACGCCCUCGGACAUGGAGGUGGAGUCUCAGACGCACCUGUACGGCCACACGGCGGAGGUGACGGCGCUGUUCGUCUGCAAGCCUUACAGCAUCCUCAUCAGCGUCAGCCGCGACGGGACCUGCAUCCUGUGGGACCUCAACAGGUUGUGUUAUGUCCAGAGCCUGACUGGGCACAAGAGUCCUGUUACCGCCGUGUCUGCCAGUGAAACCACGGGAGACAUCGCCACUGUGUGUGACUCAGUGGGCGGGGGCAGUGACCUGAGACUGUGGACGGUGAACGGCGACCUGAUUGGUCACGUCCACUGCAGGGAGAUCAUCUGCUCGGUGGCCUUCUCCAAUCAGCCGGAGGGGGUGUCGGUCAACGUCAUCGCCGGGGGUCUGGAGAACGGCGUGGUCAGGCUGUGGAGCACGUGGGAUCUGAAGCCUGUGAGGGACAUCACCUUCCCCAAAUCCAACAAGCCCAUCGUCAGCCUGACGUACUCGUGCGACGGGCACCACCUCUACACGGCGAACAGCGAGGGCACGGUGAUGGCGUGGUGCCGGCGGGACCAGCAGCGCAUGAAGCUGCCCAUGUUCUACUCCUUCCUCAGCAGCUACGCCGCCGGGUGACCCGCCUUUCCGGAAGCUUCCACCAGCCCGGGGGCCCACGCCCCCAGCUACAGCAUGAACCAGACGCCCGGGGGGCUGCCCCGCCCCGCCCGGCCCCGCCCGGUCCUGGGCCCCCAAGGGCCG